CUCCACGCACACAGACACACACUCACAAACAGGAAAGCGAAGACAGCCGGAGUGCGGGACUGCAGUGGCAUGAUGGGGAUAUUCUGCCUGCGUGGGCUCUGUCGCUGAGGUGUCCGGAGCGAGCGCGUGCGGGCGCUCGUGCGUGUGUGUGUGUGUGUCCCUAUCUGUGUGAGUGUGUGUGGAAUGCGCGCAUGAGUGAGUUGAAAGCAAGCCCCUGCCGACACCGUGUGGAGGAAGACAGGGGAGCAGAGGAGAGCAGUUUGAGAAGGGGAGUGUUGACUGUCUGGGGCUCAGAGGAACCUAACAUCCCUGGAUCAGAGGACACAGAUGUGCAGCAACUAGUCCCAACUACUGCCGCUGCUGCUCCGCCUGCUCGCAUGUCCUCUUAACUUCAGCGAUGGCAUAGUCCGGCUCUUCCAGUUUUGCUUCUGAUCCUCUCCAAAAAAAAAAGGGGGGGCAUGCACGGGCACAACCAGGGAUCUAGGCUAUUGCAUCCUUUACGUCAGCAUUUCACAGUCUGAGGAAUCAUGGUGAGCAAGGAGGGUGGCAAAUGCAUGCUCACCAACUCAGAGUCUGACUCGGAGGCAGCGCCCUUGCCCUCCACCUCGCUCGCGCUGGAGGUGAAGUAUUCCCUGGAAGCCAAUCGACAGGUGAGGAAGAGAAACAAGGCUCUUCAAGUGCGCUUCAAGGACAUCUGCGAGGCGCAGAACGAGCAGAGGGAAGCGGAGUUGCAGGCGGCAGGGAAAGGCGGGAAGCCCAUGUCGUACAAAGUGGCGUACCGCAAAUACAUGACCGUUCCCGCCCGCAGGUCCAUUCCCAACGUCACGAGGAGCACGGGCGUCCAGACGUCCCCCGACCUGAAGAAACGGUAUCAGACCUUUCCCUUUGAGCGCAAAAAAGGCCACACGAUUAAACACAUGGCGGCUGUGGAAACCUACAAAGGUCAGAAUAACGGUUUUGUCGUGGAGGUGAAACAGCCCAAAGCGGCCGAGCGGGGUUUAGACGAGGGGGAGGAGGGAGCCUGUGGGGGGAGAGGAGUUCUGAGGACCAGGGCUCUGCUCCAUACUAAUGAGUGCAUUACUACAGUAGAGCAGCACACUGCACCUGAUGGCCUGUGCUCUGAUGCUCUGCUGCUUACUUGUACUGCAGACACAGACUGCCUUGCAGACACACCGGGAAGAAGCGGAGCCGGAGCACAAGCAGAGUACCAGCUCUGCAGCAUCCCUGCCAAAGCUGACACUGGAUUACAACACAGGGACGCCAACACAGACCAUUUGGUUAAGAGGCAGUUGCUCAACCUGGAGGAGGGAUCGUCCCGAACCUUGCCGGAAAGGGCCUCGAAGGUUACGGGCCCCAUUGCCUGGAACUCUCUUACGGAGGUGGAGUGCCUGGAUAGUCCAUCCGUGCGGAGCAAGCGGAAGAAAGGCUUGCAGCUCAACGGGCUGCUGAGUGAGACUCUACCGCGGGCCAGCUGUACAACGCAGGCACAGUGCCACACAGGACAGUUAUCUGCCCGGCCCAUACGGGGCAUGGAGGAACCUCUGUCACCCUGCAUAGGUGGUGAGACAGAUAGGGCGCCAUCUGACCAAACGCUGGAAUCCUGUAAGCAAAUAGUGCCUAUAAAUCCGGAUGGGGACGUGAAAGCACAGCUCCAGGCCAUGGAGAAUCUCAUCAGCUCCAGCCAGGAGACCAUCAAGGUGCUGCUUGGUGUCAUCCAGGAACUGGAGAAGGGAGAGGCCCACAGAGAAGGACUUUCCUAUCGAACCGGACAGGACACGGCCAACUGUGACACAUGCCGGAACAGCGCAUGCAUUAUUUACAGUGUAGAACUGGACUUCAAGCUGCAGGAGGACAAGCUUCAGCCGCUGAUGAAGAGGCUUUGCCCUACAGAGGACGGCCAUUUCCCCCCUCUGCCUUACUCCCAUGAGGCCUUCACCUCCACCCCAAAGCGCAAGUCCAAAGCUGACUCCAAGAAGCACGCUCGCUGGAAACUUUGGUUCCUGUGAGGACACAGGACCAUCUCCGAUACCUGCUGCGAGUGCACAGGAUUUAAGUGUGUCCAUCAGGUCAUCCAUACUCGUUUGGUUUAUCCACUGCCUUCUGUUUGAUCAUAUCUCCACUGAUUUUGUGCACCUGGUAAGCAGUUUAAACGGAGCGCUCUGCAUCUGGAUACUCAGAGAUAACGGGAUUUGUAAGAGAAGAGCGGAUUACAUGGAAAAAUCCACAAUAUUAUGUCAACCAAAAAUGGAUUCCAAGAUGUUUUCAAACUAUUUUUUUUUUCAAAAUAAAGUCUGAAAUAACACGAGGCGAACGAGAUCAGAGAUCGCAAGAUGAGGGGAAUUUCAUUUCCUGCCGUCUCUGCAUAUAUUUUUAUAGCCGGCGAUCUUUGAUGACGGCUCAGCGUCCGUCACGUUGUCAUUCACCAGUUGGGACUUUGUCUUUUUUCUCGGCCUCCAGGUGAGGCUUUUCAGUUCAACCACAAGUCUCCAAGGCCUCCAUAAACAGCAUAUCACUGUACUGCAAAGCACAAUUAAAACUGUUCAGGAUGCCAUUUCCUCAGAGUAUUAACUCUGUAUUAACUAUGUAGAUCGCCUCCUGACAAGCUGAGGACUUUCAGAGAGAUCCAAGGACGACCCUCACGGACAACACCUUUGACGUUUAUCGGACUUGAGUGAUACAAACUUAUUUCCAUUGCCUAAAUGUCUCCUGAAAUCAUCUGAUUUUGAAGCAAAGAAUGAAUAA